GAAACACGAUAUAAAACUUUCAUUUCGAGAAUAACAAUCAGUUUAGCUUUGAAAGUUCGCAACAACGCAAUUCGAUAAUUAAUUUUAAUGACAAUCAAUAUCGAUUGUUUACGAUUCUUUGAUUACUUCGCGCGGUUCUAAAUCAAAUAUUUAAACGGCACGAGUUAUUACGCAUUUAAAUUAUGAAUUUGUAUUUUAAAUGAAAGAAGAUUUGUAAAUAAUUUGAAAAUUUGGUUAAUAAUAUUGGUUAACAGCAUUCGAAUAACUAUACUUACCUAAACGAAAACUUAAGGUCAAAAUCAUCACUCUCGAAUCUGACGAAAGUGUACGAAUAAUUUUCCAAUUCAGUGGAUAUACGUAAUGUCACUAGACAUUUCUUUAGAGAGCAACGAAGCUCUUGCACGUCGGCCGUGCUCCGACGACAAAGACUGCCGUGGACCGUUCGUAUGCAACCCAUGGGCUGGCCAAUGCACCAAGAAAAUGAAUCCGCCACUGCUACCGUCACAAGCAAAUCAGCUAGCCGACGCAUCACCUAGCAAUGAAUCGUUGAUCGAUCGAUAUCAACGUUAUUUCGUUGGCUUAUGAAUCCAAACGCGGUAUUAGAAUCUUAGAAUUAUGUUUUUCUAUUAUCAUAUAUCUGUAGAUACAUUAAGGCAAAUA